UUUCAGCGUAGAUACCGACCGUGUCAGGAAGCAAAAAGCAAAACUCCGACCAGGGUGUUGGCCAGGGGUAUUGAGCUUACUAAAUGUAGCAGACCAGGAGAGGGAUUCAUAUUAGAGUGGGACAUGCUAAAUCCUCCGACUGCCCGGCUGCAGGGCUACCUGGGUGAUCCGCCCUCGUGCAGCCAGCGGCUCCCCGUUAGUGCGACGGUCUCAUGGCCAGGCCCGGUGAUGUCCGGGCUGAUUAUGCUGUGUGACAGUACUACAAAACCAGCACCUCGCCGUGUCAGCUAUAUUGGUACAUCUGACCGUUGCGAAUUGCCAACAUGGGGCUUACACAGACAGGCACGUACAACACCCGACAGUUGCAAAUUGUCAUCAUCAACAGUAUCCUGGUUGUGCUCUCGAUCACGGCGGUGUCUUUGCGGGUCUGGGCCCGGAGACUGCAGGGUCUAGGUCUCUUUGUGGAGGACUAUCUGAGCAUUUUUGCCUUGGCCUUGUCUCUUGGUGUUAAUGCGCUCCUGUUCCAAAGUCUCCAUGCUGGUGUGGGCGAACAUGUUGACACCCUCUCGACCGCUACUGUCGAAGCCUACUCUUUGAAUCUUUAUGUGAUGCAGCUUUUCUGGAAUACCUGUCUUCCCGUGAUCAAGCUCUCCAUCGUCCUCUUCUACCAGCGCAUUUUUCCCGUGCGAUCGAUGAUCAUUGCCUGUCGGUCUGUCAUGCUGUUCCUGGCUGCCUGGUACAUCGCCUUCCAAACAACUGCCAUAUUUCAAUGCAUUCCGAUUCAUCACGAAUGGCAGAAAAAGACCACCCAGGGCAAAUGCAUUGCUUUCGUCCCGUUUGUCACGACAUUAGCUGCGACCAACCUGUGCACCGAUGUUCUGCUUCUGAUUCUACCGACACGACAGGUGUGGAAGCUUCAGAUUCCAUGGGGACGAAAAGUCGGUCUUUCGGCGAUCUUUACUCUGGGCAUUAUUGUCUGUGCCAUCUCAAUUGUCCGUCUGGAGAACCUAAUCGCGAUCAGUAAUUCUGACAUCACCUGGUCCGACACCUACUCCCAUCUGUGGACCGCGAUUGAAAGCAGCCUCGGGGUGGUGGUGUCCUGUCUCCCUAGCCUAAUGCCGAUCGUCCGACUUGUCAAGAGCAGGGGAUCGCGGCGAGACGGAAAAUCCCUUACCGGCAUCGGCCAGGGAUCGUCGUACCCCAGCUACGUGCGAGGGCCGUACGAGCUGUCCGAAGUGUCCAACAGGGUUUCGACGGGACCGACGCGGACACGGCUGCGGGCGGGAAGCAGCCACUCGGACCUAAUCCGCAAGCAGGCUGGGGAUAUUGAGAUCAUCACCGAGAUAGACCAGACCGUGGAGUCCACCAAUCAUUCGAAUAACAUCUGAUGAAGCGGGCCAAAAUUUUUUCUUGAUCCAUGAGUUGACCUGCGGAAUUCUCACGU